AAGGCCGCCGUAUCUCCCAGACGGGGGGACACGUUGAUAACUCAUGCCCCCAGUCCCCUUUUCGCUCUCAUUGCGCGCACCAUUGGCAUCUUCAUGGUAUUUUACGAUACCUGAAGCCAUAAAGAACGAAGCGUUUUUAAGCGUCAGUGGGAGAUCAUCCUCGAAGAAUCAUAUCACGGCCAGAAAACCCCAUAGGGGUGAUUGCAAGCCAACAUGGAGACCGACAAAGAUAAGGAAAUUGGAAACACGACGGCGGUCUUGUCUGACAGCAACAGCCACGAUGAGGAAGUGGGCGUUGUCAACAAGUCGAAGCCCUUGGUCCGUGAGCUGCGGAACAGGCACAUGCAAAUGAUUGCCAUUGGCGGAUCCAUCGGAGCCGGUCUGUUCGUCGGUAGUGGAAAGGCCCUGCGCACCGGUGGCCCUGCGUCGCUGCUCAUCUGUUAUAGUAUUAUCGGAGGAAUGCUUUUCUUUGUGUGCCAAGCACUCGCCGAGAUGGCUGUCCUGUAUCCCGUGAACGGUGCUUUCUACACCUAUGUCGUCCGUUUCGUGGAUCCCUCUUGGGGCUUUGCUGUUGGUUGGGACUACGCACUUUCAUGGCUCACCGUCUUGCCAUUCGAACUGAUCGCAGCAUCUAUCACGAUCAAGUUCUGGCGUGACGAUCUAAGCCCUUCUAUCUGGAUCGCCACCUUCCUCGCCGUCCUCAUCAUUAUCCAGCUGUUUGGAGUCAGGGGUUAUGGCGAGGUUGAGUUCAUACUCAGCGUGGUCAAGAUUGCGGCUUGCACUGGUUUCAUCAUCUUGGGUAUUAUCAUCAACACUGGUGGCGUGGGCAACCAAGGAUACAUCGGAGCGAAGUACUGGGUAGACCCCGGACCCUUUCAAAAUGGGUUCAACGGGUUUGCUGGUGUGUUCGCAAUCGCCGCCUUUGCCUUCGGCGGCACCGAGCUUGUUGGUCUGGCAGCAGCUGAGUCGGACAACCCGAGGAAGAGCAUCCCCGCGGCGAGCAAGCAAGUGUUCUGGCGCAUUGCCUUCUUUUACAUUGUCAACCUUUUCAUCAUUGGUCUCAUUGUGCCCGCCAACGACCCUCGUCUCCUGGGUGCCUCGGGCGCCAACACCAAGGCUUCCCCCUUCGUGCUCGCCAUCGAAGAUGCCGGUAUCAGCGUCCUGCCUCACAUCUUCAACGGAGUCAUCACCGUCGCCGUCAUCUCCGUGGCCAACUCUUGCGCCUUUGGCAGCACCCGUACGAUGCAGGCCAUGGCCGAACGUGGCAUGGCCCCCAAGCAGCUAGCCUACGUCGACAAGAAGGGUCGCCCGGUCGUGUGCAUCAUCAUUCAACUGGCGUUCGGUCUCUUGGCCUUUACCGUCGAGUCUUCCGACUCGGGAACGGUCUUUGACUGGCUGCUCGCCCUCUCGGGUCUGUCCUUCUUCUUCGUCUGGGGCUCCAUCUGCCUCGCGCACAUCCGCUUCCGCGCCGCCUGGAAGCUGCAGGGCUACACGCUGGAUCAGAUCCCCUACAAGCCUGCGCUAGGUGUCUUUGGCAGCUGGAUCGGUUUCGGUCUCAACUGCUUGUGUCUGGUUGCGACUUUUUACAAUGCUUUAUACCCAUCGCCGAACGCCCAACCCGACGCCGAGGCAUUCUUCGAAAGCUACCUGGCUGCCUUCAUUGUCAUCGCUCUCUACUUAUUCUGGAAGGUCUACACUAAGGAUUGGAGUCUUUAUGUGCCUCUGGCCGACAUCGACCUCAAGUCUGGAGCCCGUAUGGCUGAGCCCUCCGAUGAGCCCGAGGAGGUGCGGACAUGGAGCAACCUGCCCAAGCGCAUAUUCAAGGCUCUGUUCUAAGUUUCCAGUGAAAUUUGUAAUGUCAGAAGGAAUUCGAUGAUGGUUUUAGGGGUCGUGCAUUUUGAAACAAAGGGAGAUUGUUGUUGGAGAGAAAAGUGCCCGGGUGACCUGUUCAGAGAAAAAUUAGACGUGGCGUGAAGGGUGCACUUAGGUAGUUAAUAAACAAAUAAACAUCAAAGACAUAUCUGCAAAGCUAGAAGCAGUCUCAAGACCAGGGAUAAGAUAGACU